CUCCUGAGAACAAAGAAACUUGGAGUCAGGAGGCCUUUAUUCCUAAAUGAAAAGCAGAAACAAAUGUGAUGCAGAGAGAACAGAACUAAUGCGCAUCUGCCGCUCUCUCGCAACAGGCUGCGGAGCAGAGCGCAGUGGAACGUGAAUCUCGCCUCGCUGUAGCGCGGACACCCUGCGGUCUGUCGCUACCAAGACAGGCACAUGUGGGCACCUUUUAGGCGCGCCGGGUAUUUGUGUACACUAGGAUGUUGAUGUAAGGGGGGAAGAGGGCGGUGAAAGUGUGCCGGGCCGGGCCAGUGUCGGGCGCAGCUGCUCUCGCUCUCAGCUAAGUGCCUCACACGUGCCGAGAGGACCGUAGUGCGUAUCGGACACGAUUGGAGACCCUCCGCGCACUUGCUGCCAGCUUUGGUGAUGCCAUGCCCAGGAACCACAGCGGAGACGAAGGCGGAGGCGGAGGUGGAGGCAGCGGGCUCUGGAUGAGAGCAUCACCCAGGCAUCAUAACGAGGGCUACGGCAUAAAAGAUGUGGAGUCCGGACGAAAGAUGAUGAUGAACAACGCGGGAGAUGGGUUGCUGUCCCCCUCUGCCACCACAGCGAGCGGCGGCACCGGCGCAGCUGGCGGUCGCGGUUCGGACAGCCUGGCAGGGAAGCAGGGAGCUCGACUCAGCCUCCUGGGAAAGCCGCUGGUGUACAGCGCCCAGAGCGGCCGGAGAAACGUGCGCUACCGGCGGCUUCAAAACUACCUAUACAACGUCCUGGAGAGACCCAGAACCUGGGCGUUCAUCUACCACGCUUUCGUGUUCGUCUUGGUAUUCACCUGCCUGGUCCUUUCUGUGUUCUCAACCAUCCCUGCUCAUCAGGACACCUCCUCCAAAUGCCUACUAAUUCUGGAGUUUGUGAUGAUCGUUGUGUUUGGUUUGGAGUAUAUCAUACGCAUCUGGUCGGCAGGAUGCUGCUGCCGCUACAGAGGAUGGCAGGGCCGUCUGCGCUUCGCCAGGAAGCCCUUCUGUGUCAUAGACAUCAUAGUGCUGAUCGCGUCAGUGGCAGUGGUGUCGUCGGCAGGCAGCCAGACCAACAUGUUUGCCACCUCAGUCCUGCGCAGCUUGCGUUUCCUGCAGAUUCUUCGGAUGGUUCGGAUGGACCGAAGAGGCGGGACCUGGAAGCUGCUGGGGUCCGUGGUGUACGCUCAUAGUAAGGAGCUGGUGACUGCCUGGUACAUCGGCUUCCUGGUUUUGAUCUUCUCUUCGUUCCUCGUCUACCUUGUGGAGAACAAGUUCAACAAAGAGUUUGCCACCUAUGCCGAUGCAUUGUGGUGGGGCACGAUUACCCUAACGACCAUCGGCUAUGGAGACAAGACACCAAAGACAUGGACAGGACGGAUGCUGUCCGCAGGGUUCGCACUACUGGGUAUUUCCUUCUUUGCCUUGCCUGCUGGUAUUCUGGGCUCAGGCUUUGCCCUGAAGGUCCAGGAGCAGCACAGACAAAAGCACUUUGAGAAGAGGAGGAACCCUGCAGCCUACCUCAUCCAGUGUGUUUGGCGUAGUUAUGCAGCUGAUGAGAACUCGGUUUCCGUUGCUACCUGGAAGCCUCACUUGAAGGCACUGCAUACCUGCAGCCCUACAAAGAAGGAUCAGGGAGAGUCAACCACCAGUAAAAUUCAUAGUAAUAAGCAGAAGCUACUGAGGAGUUAUACCACUCGGAAACAUAGCCAAAAGUUAAGCUUCAAAGAGCGUGUGAGGAUGGCAAGCCCCCGCGGCCAGAGCAUCAAGAACCGCCAGACGUCCUCUGUGAACGACCGGCGUUCUCCAGUGGCCGACAGUGGCACAGAGGGCACCAGUCCUGCCAAGGUUCAAAAGAGCUGGAGCUUCAACGACCGCACGCGCUUCAGACCUUCGCUCCGGCUCAAGAGCCAGUCCCGCUCCACCACUGACGCAGCAGACUCCGCUGUGACGGGGGACGAUGCCUUUGAUGAUAAGGGCUGCCACUGUGAGAUCUCCGUGGAAGACUUGCUGCCCUCCGUCAAGACCGUCAUCCGAGCUGUCAGGAUCAUGAAGUUUCACGUAGCAAAGAAGAAGUUUAAGGAGACUCUGCGUCCGUAUGAUGUCAAAGAUGUGAUUGAACAGUACUCUGCCGGUCACUUGGACAUGCUGUGCCGCAUCAAGAGUCUGCAGACCAGGGUGGACCAAAUCCUCGGGAAGGGACAGGUCCCUCUGGACAAGAAGAUACGAGAGAAGUUGCUGUCUGAUGGAGACAUGUUGGAGGACAUGAGCAUGCUGGGUCGUGUCUGUAAGGUGGAGAGACAGGUUCAGUCAAUUGAGUCAAAGUUGGACUCUCUGUUGGACAUUUAUCGUCAGGUUUUGCGUAAAGGCUCCUCUUCGGCUCUCACUCUCUCUUCGCUGCCCCUGUUUGAGCUGGAGCAGACCUCUGACUACAACUCUCCGGUCUUUAGUAAGGACCUCUCCGGCUCCACUCAAGUCAGCUGCGGCGGAGCGCUUCCCCCGAGCGGCUACGCCACACGCUCAUCAACCAACUCCCAGCUCUCGCAAGGAGGGCUUCACCUCAUUCUCGCGCCUCAGAACGAACUCAACCUUAAUCUCCACGCCUCGUCGUCCACGCCACCCUCGGGCCUCGCAUCUUCCCCUUUUAGCCCCUCGCCGCUGCCUCAUUAUCAUCAUCACCUGCAACAUCAUAAACAGGUUCAGGCCACGUCACCUGAAAGUGGCACUGAUGAGGCUGUGGGGAGCUCCCCCACUGUCCUCACCCCGAACAGUACCAGCAGUUCUGGGGGCCGAGGAGUAGGAGAUGAAGGCUUUCCUCUUUUGGCAAGGCUUCCGCCGCCCCCUUCCAGACAAACUGUUGGCCCUGGCAAACUGAUCCAAGGGACCUCUAGAGAGACUUCUCCUGAAAUCAAGAGUUUCUGCAGAGGUCUGCAUAGCCACACGGAAGACAGUAAUGUUGGGAAGGACCUUGGACUUGAGUUUGGAUUGAGCACAUUAGGGCAGCAGCUCCUAGGGAACACUAAUGGUACUGGCAGGCUUAACGCAAAGGAAGAAGGCUCCUGGAGGAGGCAUAUGAGUCUCGAGCUGGAGCCACUCGUGCCAUCAGCACCAGGUUGUUGCUCGAGGCCCAACCAUAUGGACCAGGGAAUGGGCAAAUCCAUGUCAGUGCAGGACCUGGUGAAGGUAGGUCCUGUUCAUGAUGCACACCAAAGCCACAGUCUUUCAUCUCCAAGUCCAAGUACAAGCAGUGACUCUCCAACAGGUUUCAACAGUUGUUGCCAAGACCUUGCGGGAGAGAGUGGCGGUACAAGAAGAGGAUGUUGGGGCGAGGAGGACCUCUUUAUCAGUGACAGGGACAUGGAGGGGCAAGGGUUUGACUUUUUGUCACAGGGGACGUCUGAGGCUCGCUCGUUUUCUUCUGAGCGCCUGAGGACAGCAGAUAGAGCGGGGGCAGGGACCCAGGACUCUAACCGGAGCCUGGCGGGUGGUCCGUCGUCAUCGUCGUCAGCCUCCACUGGCAACGUCGAACUGCUGAACAUGCCACACGUACGGCUAAAAUAGACUCACUAAACAUUUGGAAGAAAUACAAAUCUCACCUCAGAGACCGUUUUUUUUUUUUUUUUUUUUUCUUUUUUGGAGGGGAGAUUGAUGGGUGGGAAUUUUACAUGGGGUCUUGUCUUCUUUUGUUUAUUUUUUAUCUUGAUUCUCUUGAUAGGAUUCUGUUUUUUUCAUACAGGCUAAUCAUGUUGGCAUGAGUUACUCUGUGUUUUAAUGUGUGUUUGAUGGAUCUGAGAUAAAAGAUGAAUGCCAAUAAAAAGGAGAGAACGAUUUUUGAAUUAAAUUAAGUAGUGGAUGGGUCGAUGUGCUACGUAGCAUGAACUGCAUGUUUUCAGUAAAGCACAGAUAAUAAACUACACCUACAAGCAUGGCCACCCACCACCUUAAUAGUUUAUUGUGAGUUAAAAAGCUUGUUGUAUUCCAUGACAGCUGAGAAACGUGGGCAUUUUGUUUUUUUAUAAAAUCAUAUCCACUUUAGGAAGCCAGAUCUCUGCAAGUAAUUGAUCUGACCUGUGUUCGUUCUGUGGGAUACAGGAAAUACAUAUUUCAUGAAAUCCACACAUUUUAGGCCUCUUUUUGAAUAAUGUUCAUUGAACAAUCCACUUAAUAAGUGUGCACAUCUCUGAUAAAAUGCCAGCUUUUUGUGAUGAUAAAAACUGAGACCUUAAGAAAUCCUUUCUGAAAAUUUCAACAGCGCAACUGAAAAAAAGCAACAUUUCUACUUUUGAGUGAAAAUCUAAAACAUUUCCUGGUGCAAAAUUGUACACACCCUCUAAACUCCAACUUUGUUAAAAGUCCCAUUGAUUAAGUUUCGAUUUGGAAGAACAGGCUAAGGCCAAAAAAAUAAAAAUUAUGGUCCAAAUUCUUUAUAUAUCUGCAAGAAAUCCUAAGACAUAGAGGGAUGUAAUUUUUCAACAUCACAACCAAACCACUGCACAUGCAAAUCAACAAAUGAAUGACUACUACUGAAUGAAACCUUUUGGAAUAGCCUAGCAGACGUCCUGAACUCAAAAAGAAUAUUUGUAGGAUCCUCUGAAGAGGGUUGUAGACAAGAAAUGUUCUCACAGUCUGACAUUUCACAUUUGAAGACUUUGUCAACGAAGAGCAGGCCUGCAUUGUUGUUUCCUCAAGUAUGGCAUGAAUCAAAAUCAUCUAAGUAUGUUUUAUAUGUCUCCUCUGACGUGUUUGUUUUUCAGCGGCAUUGAUCGGGAAGUGAAAAUACAUUGGGACACAUUUUUGAACAGAUUCUUCAUGGUCUCAUUUUUUUUACAUCACAAAGUACUCUGCAAAAUAAUGAGUGGGACUUUACCUUUGUAUGUCUUCACUGUGCAAUUUGUAGUGAGCAACUACUUCAGCAUCUCCUGAGCAAAACUGAAUAGUAGUAAGCAGCCCUUCUUGCAUCAAUAUGUAAGAACUUUUUCUUUUUUUUGCCAUUUAUUAGCAGUUUUUUCUAAAAAAAAAAAAACCCUUCAUGAAUUCAUUCAUGCAAAACACAGGAGCAGAACUGCACAGCCAAUCUCCAUAACAGAACAACACACAAUCUAACUUCAUGCUGCAACAAUAAUUGUUAAUGUCUGCCAAUGUCUAAGCUCCAACCUUCAUACAUGCUUUUUCAAAUGAGUGGGGGGCAACUAGGACACUUGAAGUAAUUAUGCCUUGUCCAUUUUACUUCAGCUCUGUGCAGCUUCUCAUGAUGACUUAAAUGUCAUCAUUUCCUGAAGCUGCUGUGAAAAUAUUCUGAAAGUGUGAUUUUAGGCAUCAGAUACAUCCGUAUUUAAUUAAAAAACGUCUUUCAGAUAACAGUUUCACACACACACACAUAUAUAUAUUUUAUUUUAUUUUUUUUUAUUUUAUUUUUUUGAACAACUGUAGAACUACACCCAUGUGGACAGAGUGUAGUUUUUAUGACCAGAUAAAUGUUGCACAGUAAGGACGGUUCAGCAGUGGAGUGAAACAUUUGUUGAAUGUCAUUUUCUGGCUCACAACUUCUGUUAGAAAAUAUGUGACCUUUUUAUUUCAGACACAGAUACCCUUUAGCUUUUUGCCAUCUGCUUUAAACUAACUCUUGAUGGAGAUUAUUUCCGGCACCUUGAACUGGACUUGAGAUCCGAAUGUGUAUCUUAUUGAUAUUAACUUGAGGUUUCUUGAACUGCUGAGCAGUGAAAAUACAACUUACCACUAUUUUUCCCUUUCUGCUGCAUGGAGUAGACCAAGAUGCAGUGACAAGGCCUUACUAUUUUUCAAAUGUUUUUACUGAAACAUCCAAAGCCUGAUUAGUUCAUGAGCACCAUGGUACAUUUUGUAGAUUUAUAUUAAAUACUUUGAACCGGGAAUAAAAACUACAAUCCUGUAUCAUUUUUAAGUAAGUAAAAAUAUGUGUGUGUAUGAGAGUGGAUCAUACCCUUUUAGUCUGUCAGUUUAACAGAGCAUUACUUAUAUCUGAUUAUAAGCAAUGUAAUAUGCUGUAAUAUGGAUUUAAGUAAAAACGUGAAACACAAAAAUGUGUCAUUACAUGUGAUACCAUUGAACAAAAAUGAUCAACUCUUUGUAAAAAAAAAAAAAAAAUAGAAAUGCAGCUGCAGGAUCUUAUAGAAAAACCAAAGCAGUAAUUAUUUACUUAAAUGUUUUUAAUUUAAAACACACAUUAUAUUUUUCUACGUUUUAAGCAUUGUAAAGCUCACCAAUAUGACAGAAGAAAAAUAAAUGUGGAAUGUGUCUUACAUUUGCAAUUUGGCAAGAAUCAAAUGUUGAUUUGUUCAACUAUAUUGUAAGAAAUAAACUAAAUUGUUUCAGUUUAAGCUCUAAUUUGGUCUUUCUAAUUUUGACAGAUUCCUUUUUUUUGCUGUGGAAUGUAAUGCAUAAAAAUAUGCUGCAGGUUCUUAGAUGAAGGGAGCAGUGCAGCAAACAAUGUCAGCUAAAGAAAGAAAACAUCCAUUUAUCAUAUCUGCAUGACUGAUGUGCAGCUUUCCACAAAUCUACUAUAGUUAUUGGGCUUAAAUUUUUUUUCCAUUUUGCUUUCAACAGUUCCUAGUUUUACUAAGUAACUAUGAUAUUAGAAAAUAAAAUAAAAAAAGACUUGCACGAAUGGCUGUAAAGUGUCAGCUUAACUGUAAAAAUAUGUAACUAGUCCAAAAAUAUUUUACACUACUUAGUUAGGAUGCAGCUUUAAAAGUAUGUUUUCAAAGUGAAGUGUAACAUAUAGUAUGUAUGAAAUGGAAAUGUGAGGUACGCUUCUUUGCACAGCACAUUCUACCUUUAGUUAACAGCAUAAUCAUUUUUUUUACCGUUUGUGCGAUCAUAAUUUUGCUCUCAUCUUACGUCUCAAAUUAUUUUCCCAUUGACGUUUAAAUGUAUUUUGCAUGAGGCUUUCAUGUUCAAAUGAAUCUUUAACUGAAAAAGAUGACAAGUUUCUUAGAACUUUAAGUAUUUUGGUUUUUCAACAACUGGAUCAAGAGCAUCCAAACCUUUUUUCUUUAGGUCCACAAAAUAUUCAUAAAAUCCUGUAUUCUGGUGCCUUGCUUUUGUGAUACAUUCGUGUUUAUUUAGUUUUCCGGAAGGUGCAUCUGAUUUGUGACAAAAAGUUGCUACACAUUUCAGGUCCUCUGUUUGUGGCAUAGUACUUUUUUUAUAAUUUUGCAAAUGGGCAUAAAAUGGACAAUUGCCAUGUUAAGGUUUUGUCUUAUUUUUUAUUUAUUUAAAUUAUGUCCACAUAUUUACACAUUAGUAAUAACCUUGGUUAGUUUAAGGAAGCCUGUAAUGUAAUAACAAUGCAAAUGAACUCUUAUUCUCAAUCAAGAAUAAAAUUAAUUCUUCA